CCAUGAACCACAGCUGUGACUUGCUCCACCUCCACUGCCUAAGUACCUACUCUUACGCCAACAAUCCGCAUCUCGACACCAACACCAACACCACGGGCCUACCAAUCGUCUUUUUAGUGUCGAACGAGCACAGAAGUUCAAUGCUAAGAUGCUGCUCCUCGACUACCAAAAUGUGCUGAUUCAGUCUGUCCUAACCGAGAGAUUCUCAGGAGCACCGCCCGCCCAUAUUGACCAGACCGUAUCCGACUUCGAUGGCGUCACUUUCCACAUCUCCACUCCCGAAACGAAGACCCAGAUUCUAGUGUCGCUACAGAUUCGAUGUUUCAAGGAGCUAGUCCAAUAUGGCGCUGAGGACGUCCUCCAACGCGAAUACGGCCAAUAUGUCGUCGCCCCCGAGAAUGGCUAUGACUUCUCCGUCUUGGUAGACCUCGAGAACCUACCCGCCGAGAAAGAGGAACGAGACGCACUAAUCCACAAGAUAUCCCUCCUCAAACGCAAUGCCAUGGCCGCCCCUUUUGAACAUGCCUACUCAGAACACUACAAGCUGAAAGAGGAAGCUUCCAAAUACACAAGUGAAGAGGCACCACAGGGCGUUCGAGAAGGAGGAGAGGUCAUGGCAAUCCACUACCGCGACGAGGAAGCCAUCUAUGUCAAGGCAAGCCAUGAUCGCGUGACUGUCAUCUUCAGCACCAUCUUCCGCGAAGAGACCGACAGAGUGUUUGGAAAGGUCUUCAUCCAAGAGUUCGUCGACGCACGGAGACGAGCAAUUCAAAAUGCGCCGCAGGUCUUGUUCAGGAACGACCCACCACUAGAAUUGCAAGGAGUUCCCGGCGUAUCGACAACAACUGGAGGAGAGGUCGGAUAUGUGACUUUUGUCUUGUUUCCUCGACACUUAACCCCUCAGCGAAUGCCAGACGUUAUCUCCCACAUCCAGACCUUCAGGGAUUAUUUCCACUACCACAUUAAGGCCUCAAAGGCAUACAUCCACUCACGUAUGAGGAGGAGAACCGCCGACUUCUUGCAAGUCCUACGCCGAGCCCGGCCAGAGAACGAAGAGAAGGAAAGGAAGACAGCCAGUGGAAGGACGUUCAGGGUUCAGGGUGCUUAGAAGACUUACCCUUUGGGCGGACCUCAACACGCAACAAGAGUUUACUAAGAUAGGUGGUGGUGCUCCAUAUCUGAUCCUAGCGUCAAUUCAAAAUCAUUGAAAAUUUUGGCGAAACUACAAAUGAUAAUUUUCAAGUUCACGACAUUUUUAGUUUCCCUGAUUCCGCUGCGAGCAUUAUGAGAAAUAUGUGGUGAAGAAUAUGUUAUAAGGGCGUGUUUUUUCGAGAGUCGAGUAGGUUAGUGGGCCAAGCGCCGAUAUUUAAACUCCCCUGUGUAUCUUGUUGAAAGGGAA